AUGGUAUCUCACAUCUUAGUUCUUGGGUCUACUGGCCAGUCAGGGUUAGAUUUUUGCCGAGCUGCAUUGCACCAAGCACAUCAAUUAACUUUGUAUGUGAGAAACCCAAAAAAAAUACCCGAGGACAUCAAAGGCAAUGCCCUUGUCUCGGUUAUCGAGGGUACUCUCGAGGAUGACUCUCAGUUACGUCGAGCAAUAACCUCCGGUGCCACCGUCUUUGUUUCUUUUGCUGGACCAACAGCGAACUCGAAAGGCACGCCUGUUACCGAUGCUAUGAAAUUUAUAUUCCCACUGCUAAUCGACAACAACUACAAACGAGCUCUGGUACUCGGCACCUGCUCAUUCCAUGCACCACAGGACAAAGGUAGUCUUAAGUGGAAAGCUUUGAUCGUCCUUGUCAAGAUCAUCGGUGGCUCGGCUUAUCGGGAGUUCAACGGAUUAGGCUCAUUCGUGAGUUCUCAUGAUCCCGAAGAACUGAAAUGGACUCUCUUUCGGGUCCCCUUCCUUGGCAACGGACCCGAAGCGCCGGUAAAAGCAACCUUUACCGGGUCCGGUGAUGAUGGGAUGUUUUUGUCUAGAAAAAGUAUUGCGGCGUGGGUGUUGGCUGAGAUGAGCGAAGAUUCCACGUGGAUUGGAAAGGCACCCGUAUUAUCAAAUUGA